UAAAAUAGUCCAGUAGCCUUCGGCAGUGUACUCACUCAGCUAAGUCAGUGAUCCGUUUAUUUAUUCAAUGAAGAAAACAGAAAGGUUGUUGGAUCCUAACGAACCUCGUGUUAUCGUUCUUUCGAAAAACUAGAUAAUUCUGGAGGCUGACUUGUGAAAAUCCAUUCCUUCAUGUACAAAUCGCAAGAUUUAUUUAUUUUCGGGAUUUAAAAUGGGAGGGGUUAGCCGCGAGCCUCAAGCGAGCCCCGACUGGCAAGCCAAUGAAAUGUAACCCGGACCAACAGACCACUUUGUUUUCCAAAUUGGUUAACCAAUCACGCCAUGUCGGCAAUUUCGCAUCCGUUCCCAGCUAUUUUCAAAACGGCGUAGGAAGUUUCUGGAAAUUCUCUAGGCCACAUCGCCAUUCUUAAGACAACAACAAGUAAACGCAUCAACCCCGGAAGAAAAACAAUAUUGUGUCGUUUCCAUAUGAGACGAUACAAGUGUCAUCUUGGGCUCACUAGAGAUGACAACUGCGCAACAACUGUUGAAAGAUAUUCUAAAAAUGACAAGACGUACGUGCAACAUUGACCUAAAUUUUCUUGUCUCCGAAAAAUAUUAGUAACACGUCAUCGAAUUUCGUCUGGAAAACGCAAACAGCGUACAACUACGUCUAAAUACCAAAUUAAAAGUUGGUUUGAGCAAAACAAUUCGUCAAGAAUUUGUUAUUUCGCCUAGUUUGUACAGCAGUCUGACGCUAGAGGUCUCUCAUAUCCAGUUCGUAUAAAUACGAGCAUGCCCGGUCUCAAAAUUUCCAAACACUCGAGUUACUUUGCUACAAUUCAAGCUCCCCCUGAAACAAGUUCUUUGCUGUCAAGAAAUAACCAAAUAGCAAUAUUGUUAUUUGUUAUUGUUCAACAAGUUCGACAGCCAACCCAAUUAGUUAGAGAACCGGUAUCAAACUCGUUAUCUACAUCACCACCGAUGGAAACGACUGGCACUGAUAUCGACAUGUCCUCGCUAAAAUCGGCCUUGGCAACAACUUCACUUAGUCAACAGAUGAUUUCGUUCGCCAACAGUACGUUCCGAUUAGCCGCAACGGCGAUCACUAGACUCCAGCAGCAACAACAACAUUGCGAGGCGGAAUUGGCCAGCUUAGCUCACUUGCCGGAAUACUCAUUGGAACAGGUUUCUUGGCACGAUCGACCGGACGAUUGUUGGAUCGUUCUCAACGACAAAGUAUACAAUGUCACCAAACUCAUCCACAACCAUCCGGGUGGAUUAGAAGUCAUGAUGGAACAGGCCGGACGCGAUGCUACGUUGGCCUUCCGCUCCGUUGGUCAUUCCAUUAACGCCAUUGAGCAAGUCGACGAAUUCCUGGUUGGCAUCUUGCCCGCAAAGGAGCGCAUGUACCUGCGUUCGGCCAAAUGACGACCGGAUCUUUCGGAGACACUCAACAAAAUCAAAUUAGAAAAAAUUACUCGUCAUUUAAUUUAAACCUCCUAUUCAUACUUGUGCUUUUUAACUUUGUUUCCUAAAUUAUUGUUAAUUAAACCCAUCUGUGAUAAUUUUGUUAAUCCAAACCCAGGUCCGCAUUAUAUGAAAAAAUCGA